CAUACAUAGUCUGAAGAGUGUGGGUGUGCCAUACACAGCGUUUUUGGACCUGCAGGCAGAUGGCCCUUCUUCAGGCCAACGAAGAUCUCAUUUCUGCAGGAGUGAAGGAAUUUAAUAUUUUGCUAAAUCAACAGGUCUUUAAUGAACCUUUUGUCUCUGAAGAAGCCAUGGAAACUGUAGUGAAUGACUGGGUGAACUUCUACAUGAACUAUUACAAGAAGCAGAUGACAGGAGAGCAGGGAGAGCAAGAGAAGGCUCUGCAGGAACUUAAGCAGAAGCUGAAUUCUCUGGCCAACCCUUUCCUGGCCAAGUAUAGGGCCUUCCUGAAGUCCUGUGAGCACCUAAAUCACCCACCGCCUUCCCCCUAGACCACAGAAUCUUCGUUUCUAAGAAACUCUGUGUCCUUCCUUCCACAGGCUGUGCUCCUUCAAUGUCACUCUACCUUGACCUC